UAUUCGUGUCUUUGCUGCUGUGAGAAUGUCAGCUGUGAAUUUCUCUCAGGUUGUGAACAGUCCAGAGGAAAUCGCCAGACUCUACAGAGAACUGAGUCUGUUUCCUUCUCUGAGCAGAGCAGACGUGGGUCCAGUCAUCACCUCUCAGUAUGGAGGAAAAUACUGCAACAUCUACACAGAAUGGAACCAACGUGAUUUGGAGAGGAACGAAAAUGUUAAGUUUUGCCGACAGUACAUUGUUUUCCACGAUGAUACAUCUGUGGUCUACUCUGGAGCUUCAGGAAACUGCACCGAGAUUAAAGGAGAAGUUCUUAGUAAGGAUUCCCCUUCAGGGGAAAUGAAGGCUGUCGUGAGAGACUGGAAAAAACAGGAUAAAGAAAACCAGUUUCUGGAGAUAUGGAGGAAAAACAUCAAAGUAAAGAGCAUUGAUCUCAAGGAACUGAAGAAGCACGGCAAAGUUUAUGAUGACGGUGGGUAAUCUGUGAAUGAAAUUAGCCUUAAACAUCUUUUUCUUUCUUUUUUUUUGGCCAUUAAUCAAACCAUUCUGCCUCCUCCUUAGAUCAGUUUGGCUGCUUGCUUUGGUCCAAGUCUGAGACUCAUCUCCUGUAUGUGGCUGAGAGGAAGAGACCAAAGGCAGAAUCCUUCUUUGAGGUUGGCCAAAAGGAAUUUCAAGGAAUUUCAAGGAGCACAUUACAACUGUGUUAAUCUGGUAUUUCAACCAGCAUAUACUGUAUGUAGUUAAAACUGGACACCCUUGAUACCAGCUUCCCGAAAUACGAGGAUUCCAUGUUACUAAUCUGAUACUAUAGCAAGAUUGUGUUCCUGAUAUGAGGAAACAUCUAGCUA